AUGGUGUAAACCGAAAAAAUCCGAAACAUGUCAAAAUCUGUGUAACAAAAAAUAAUUUCCCAAAUUCCAAAUUCGAAGACAGAUCUCUUUUUUGUUUAACCUCUCCUGAUGGCCGCGUCUGUGGAUCACGUGGUGCACAAUGUGCUGGCCCCGAUGGCGAUCAAUGUCCUCGAUUGCAUAGUGCCAGUUCUCCGGCAAGUUGUGAUUUCGAUUCAUGAGUUCUUUUUGGCGGAUCACCGGGAACCGGAGCCAGUGAUCGAUGUGUCCCGCUUGAUCCCUUCAGCGGUUCGAUUGGUGCUAAUGGUCAACGAUUCAGGGCCGGAAAUAAGUUCCGAUCGGGAAACGGUGGUCAAUCCGGAUGCGCUUAGUGGUCUACUGAGUGAUAUCUCCCAGAGCAUUCGGAAUCUAGCCCGCUCCACCUACGAUACCAUGUCGGCACUGGGCGAAUAG